GUCUGACCCGGAAGUAAGGUACUCCAUACAGCUGUAACUCUUACGAGUAGCAAACCUCAAUAAAGUACUUGUACUUGCAACCAGUCACUCCCUGGUACCGGUUCAUCGGUCGUGAUGACGCACGGAAGCUGCCUCUGCGGAGACGUGAAAUUCAGCCUGGCCAUAGAUCCUGAUGUCAAUGUUACAAGCACUAGGACGGACAAGAACGGACAAACAUCACUCUGUCACUGUCGAGCAUGCCGCAAAAUUACCGGAGGCACCACCUCGGUCAACUUGACAGUGCCGUCGACCCACUUCGUUUUGGACAGCGGCACCCUCAAGACCGUCACGACCAGACACGUCGACGAAGGAUUCGAAUUUUCGCUGUCGUUCUGUGAGGGCUGCGGCAGUCCGAUCUAUGCCGUACCCCAGGCACGGCCGGGCGUCAAGAUCAUUCAAGUCGGCGUUCUGGACGACGGAGAUCUGCUAGACAAAACGCCUGAUGUUGAGCUCAAUGUGAAGUACAGGCCAGCUUGGGUCCAGCAGGUCAGCGGGGCGGAGCAGAGAGAAAGAUACACUUGAG